AUGGGGAAAGCGGACCAGUACGAGAUGUACUCGGUGGAGAUGGAGAAGCAGGGCAAUGGUGACAUGGACGUGAAGAUCAAGAAGAAGAAGACGAACAAGGCGGCGAAGAAGAAAGAGAAGCUGGAGAGCAUGAAGAAAGAGAUGGAUGUGGACGAUCAUCAGCUCUCGGUGGAAGACCUGGAGCUGAAGUACCAAACCAACGUGACCAAGGGCAUGAACAGCACAGUGGCAGGAGAGAUCUUGCUCCGAGAUGGCCCCAACGAGCUCAAACCCCCCAAGGGGACCCCUGAAUAUGUCAAAUUCGCCCGCCAGCUGGCCGGGGGGCUGCAGUGCCUGAUGUGGGUGGCUGCUGCCAUCUGCCUCAUAGCCUUCGGCAUCCAGUGCGGCCAAGGAGACCUGACCAGCGCAGAUAACCUGUACCUGGCUAUUGCCCUCAUCGCCGUGGUGGUCGUGACCGGCUGCUUUGGCUACUACCAGGAGUUCAAGAGCACCAACAUCAUCGCCAGCUUCAAGAAUCUCGUGCCACAGCAAGCCACGGUGAUUCGGGACGGGGACAAAUUCCAGAUCAAUGCCAACCAGCUGGUGGUGGGUGACCUGGUGGAGAUCAAGGGCGGGGACAGGGUCCCGGCCGACAUCCGGAUCAUCACGGCACAGGGCUGCAAGGUGGAUAAUUCGUCUCUGACAGGGGAGUCCGAACCCCAGACAAGAGCCCCAGAGUGCACCCACGAGAGCCCGCUGGAGACCCGGAACAUCGCCUUCUUCUCCACCAUGUGCCUGGAAGGCACUGCCACCGGCAUCAUCGUUAACACCGGAGACCGCACCAUCAUCGGGCGCAUCGCCAGCCUGGCCUCGGGCGUGGAGAACGAGAAGACGCCCAUCGCCAUCGAGAUCGAGCACUUUGUGGAUAUCAUCGCCGGCCUGGCCAUCUUCUUCGGGGGCACCUUCUUCAUUGUCGCCAUGGUGAUCGGCUACCCCUUCCUCAAGGCCAUGGUCUUCUUCAUGGCCAUUGUGGUGGCCUAUGUGCCCGAGGGGCUGCUGGCCACUGUCACGGUCUGUCUCUCACUCACAGCCAAGCGUCUGGCUCGAAAGAACUGCGUGGUGAAGAAUCUAGAGGCAGUGGAAACUCUGGGCUCCACCUCUGUCAUCUGCUCCGACAAAACGGGUACCCUAACCCAGAACCGCAUGACUGUCUCCCAUCUCUGGUUCGACAAUCAGAUUCACACGGCUGACACCACAGAGGACCAGUCAGGGCAGAGCUUCGAUCAGUCAUCAGAGACAUGGCGAGCUCUGUGCAAGAUCGUGUCUCUCUGCAAUCGAGCCUUUUUCAAAUCAGGCCAGGACAACGUGCCGGUGCCCAAGAGGAUCGUGAUUGGAGAUGCCUCAGAGACAGCGCUGUUGAAGUUCUCCGAGAUCACGCUGGGGAACGUCAUGGAGUACCGGGAGCGCUACAAGAAAGCCUGUGAAAUCCCCUUCAACUCCACCAACAAAUUCCAGCUGUCCAUCCAUGAGCUGGAGGACCCGCGGGACCCCCGGUACCUGCUGGUGAUGAAGGGAGCCCCGGAGCGGAUCCUGGAGCGUUGCGCCACCAUCAUGAUCAAGGGGCAGGAACUGCCCCUGGACGAGCAGUGGAAGGAGGCGUUCCAGACGGCGUACAUGGACCUGGGGGGUCUGGGAGAGCGUGUGCUGGGGUUCUGCCACCUGUACCUGGACCCAGGGCAGUUCCCACGCGGCUUUGCCUUCGACACAGAGGACAUGAACUUCCCCACCAGCGGCCUCUGCUUCGCCGGCCUCAUCUCCAUGAUCGACCCGCCCCGCGCCACCGUGCCUGACGCCGUCAUGAAGUGCCGCACGGCCGGCAUCCGGGUUAUUAUGGUGACUGGAGACCACCCCAUCACGGCCAAGGCGAUUGCGGCCAGUGUGGGCAUCAUCUCAGAGGGCAGCGAGACGGUGGAGGACAUCGCCGCCAGGAUGCGCAUCCCCGUGGAGCAGGUUAACAAGCGGGAGGCCCGGGCCUGCGUGGUGAACGGGGGGCAGCUGAAGGACAUGGAGACCGAGGAACUGGUCGAGAUCCUGAAGAUGCAUCCCGAGAUGGUCUUCGCCCGGACCUCCCCCCAGCAGAAACUGAUCAUCGUAGAGAGCUGCCAGAAACUGGGUGCCAUUGUGGCCGUGACAGGUGAUGGGGUGAACGAUUCCCCGGCUCUGAAGAAGGCUGAUAUUGGGGUGGCCAUGGGCAUUGCCGGCUCUGAUGCGGCUAAGAACGCGGCUGACAUGAUCCUGCUGGAUGACAAUUUUGCUUCCAUCGUUACCGGCGUGGAGCAAGGCCGCCUGAUUUUUGACAACCUGAAAAAAUCCAUCGCGUACACCUUGACCAAGAACAUCCCGGAGCUGACCCCGUAUCUGAUCUACAUCACGGUCAGCGUCCCCCUGCCUCUGGGCUGCAUCACCAUCCUCUUCAUCGAACUUUGCACUGACAUUUUCCCCUCGGUGUCCCUGGCCUACGAGAAAGCCGAAAGUGACAUCAUGCACCUGAAGCCCCGGAACCCCCGACGCGACCGGCUGGUGAACGAAGCCCUGGCUGUGUACUCCUACUUCCAGAUCGGGGCCAUCCAGUCCUUCGCUGGCUUCACAGACUACUUCACGGCCAUGGCCCAGGAGGGCUGGUUCCCCCUGCUCUGCGUGGGGCUGCGGGCCCAGUGGGAGAACGACCACCUCCAGGACCUGCAGGACAGCUAUGGGCAGGAGUGGACAUUUGGGCAGCGCCUGUACCAGGAAUACACCUGCUACACCGUCUUCUUCAUCAGCAUCGAGAUGUGUCAGAUCUCGGACGUCCUCAUCCGCAAGACUCGCCGUCUCUCCGUCUUCCAGCAGGGCUUCUUCAGGAAUAAAAUCCUGGUGAUCGCCAUCGUGUUCCAGCUCUGCCUGGGCUGCUUCCUAUGCUACUGCCCUGGCAUGCCAAACAUCUUCAACUUCAUGCCCAUACGAUUCCAGUGGUGGCUGGUGCCGUUACCUUAUGGCAUCCUCAUCUUCGUCUAUGAUGAAAUUCGAAAGCUGGGAGUCCGCAGGCACCCUGGAAGCUGGUGGGACAAAGAACUUUACUACUAAAGGCAAAGCUCUGCCCCGCGGCUGCCGCACCCCCUCAGCCUCCUGCAGCACCUCAGGCCUUACAUCCACUCUCUCAGUGCAGCAAAAGAAAUACAGACGCCCCCGCCGUGCUCCCAGUCCCUGCUUCCCCAGCCUGGAAACUACUGGAGAAUGCAAAGCCUCAGCCAGCCCCCUCGGGCCAGGGGCACCAGCCAUGGAGGGAACAAGACUGGCCCACUCGCUUCUGUUCAUAGCUAGUCCUUGCUGCUCUUUUUGCGUAGGUGGCAGCAGGACUGCUGGGUUUUACCCAUGGCUCUGGGAGGGGAGUGGGGUCUAGUGGUUAGAGCCAGGACUCCUGGUUCUGUCCCCAGCUGUGGGAGGGAAGUGGGGUUGAAGGGCUAGAGUGGGGGUUGGAGGCAGGACUCCUGGUUCUCUCCCUGGCUGUGGGAAGGGAGUGGUGUCUAGUGGUUAGAGCAGAGGGGGGCUAGGAGGCAAGACUCCUGGGUUCUAUCCAUAUCACUGUUUCCCAUUGGUCAGGCACUGCUCACCCCUCCCCUUGCUAGGGUGGGGGAGUGUUAGCAGAUGCCCAGUUCCCAUGGCAGGCGUGGCUAGGUAGUGGUGGCUUUCAGCUGGCCCAUCUCUGCAGGGAUAGGACACAGGGAGCCGGACAGAUAUCACCAAUCGGCUUCAAUUCCCAGCUCUCCCCUCUCGCCUUGGGACGCCUCCCUGGUUUGCAUCACACGGACCCAGGACGAGAAAAUACUCCAUGAGGGGCUGACAGACGGGUGUCCUGUCUCCCUGUGUUCCCGGAGGAGCCAGCCCAGUGGAGUUCAGUGUGGUUCCAUUGUCCCCCUACGUGGGAUGGCAGCUUGGAGGACAAGCAAGAGGAGGGUGGGGGACUGAGCUGAACUGCAGCCCUCCCCUCACACACACACCACACUGAGCAUCUGCCCAUCUAGCCUGGUAUCCCGUCCACAGCACCUGCUGCCCUAGAUUGGACCCAUCCACCCUGGUAUCCCAUCACCAGCAUCUAUCACCUAGCUAGCCUGCAAUCUUGCUCCCCCAGAUCAGACCCAUGGGCCCAUCUAACCCAGUAUCCCGCCUCCACCCUGGCUCAGACCCCUUGGCCCCCACUCCCCCUCACUGAUCUGUGCUGGAUUCCUUGGGGGAAGGAGCACAGUUCCCACAAUGCACUUGGCUGCCCCAUGGCAGGGGCCUUGAUUCCAACCUGACCCCGAGGUGGGGCUCACCCUUCCCAAAAGCUAGGGCCCCCUGUCCACCCAGCUACCACCAGCAGGGACGCCACACACACACACCACACCACUCCAGAGACCCCAGCCCCUGGAAUCAGCGACCACAGGGGCAGGUCGGACUGCUCCACGGAUAUAAAAAUCAACUGUUUAUUGGUAAUGAUUAACUAUUAAUAUCCAAUGCUUAAUUUAAUUUAAAUGGGAUUUUUUGACGGACGACAAAUCCAGUUUUCUUUCAAAAAAACCAAACCGAUUUGAGAUCCCGACCGCCUCCGAUCACCGCCACUCAAACAGCAGCGCAGCCGUCCACGCUUGCUCCCAACAUUUUACAGAAAGUAAAGCCACCGAGCGGCUGGAAAUAGCCGGCACGGGAGUUCGCUAAAGGGUUAACCCCACUUUCAACAGCCGCUGCAGAGAGAAAAGGUUCUUUCCUUCCAGCUUCGGCAAAGCAAAGUCAGGAAAGCCACUGAGCUGAGCGAGCGGAAACGCUUCUUUUCCUCUUCCAAUGGAUGAACAAAAAACUAAGCACAAAAUCUGCUGGGGCAAAAAUCUUGAAGGAUUUGGUGACCAAAACCAAUUACUUCAACCCUCUAACCCCAGGUAACCUUUCCUUUGUCUGAUCAAUUAGUUUUAAAUGCAAACUCUGGUUUGAUAAAUGUACUUGGACUUCUAAUGGCUCCAGCAUAGUGAACGUCAUUUUAUUUAACUAAUAAAAACAAUUUUAAAAGGCCGGUUUGUGCCUUUUUAAACACAUUCCUGUUUUUUAAAAGCAAACCAUCUUUUGCAGUUGUCUUACUACGUAUCAUAGUCAAGGUCAUUCUACUGAACCAAUAAAAACCAUUUUAAAAGGCUGGGUUUGUGCCUUUUUAAAUUAAUCCCAUUUUAAACACAAGCCAUAUUUUGAUAAACUUAUUCUUCUGAUCAAAAUACGCUUUGCUUUUAAAAGAGGGAAUUCGUUUAAAAAAGGCACAAAACCUGCCUUUUAAAAUGGUUUUUAUUAAACAAAAUGAUCUUAAAGACAAAGUAAGUUCACAUUGCCGACACAUUUAAGGUCAUUUUAUUUAAUUAUAAGAUCCGUUUUUAAAAGUUUGGGUUUUGUGCAUUUUUAAUUGCGUUCCCAUUUCCAUUCAAUGGCAGCUUGACCCCAGUCACAAGCAGAAAAAAUGAUUGUGCAAAUAAGGAACUUGCUGUUUUCUAAUGUGAAAAAAUUCAACUUCUGAAUAAACAGCUGUUAGGCGACAGAAUUGCUUAAAUAAAUGUUUCAAGCCAUUUCCGCAGUUCUGUAGCUUAGCAGCCAUUCAUCCAGGGGCUUAAUUUUUUUGGAUUGUUAGAAAAUAGCGAACAACACGGUCCUCAUUCGCCGGAUCCAUCUUUUGGCUUUAGCAAAAAGCAGCACCAAAUUUAGCACCAAGCCCGGGUUUAGUUGUAACUUACGAGGUCUCGGGUGCAGAACGGGUGGGGGGGGGGGCAACCUUUGAUAACAAUGGGGAUAAACUCGAGAGAGUCUAGAGGAGAGGGGCAAAAAUGAGCAAAGGUUCAGAAAACCUGAGCUGGGAGGGAAGGAUAAAAACCUGGACUUGUUUAGUCUUGAGAGACGACUGAGUUGGGAUCUGAGAACAGGCUGCAAACAUGUUUCGGGCCCUUCUAAGGAGGAGGGAGAUCAAGGCAGAACGAGCAGGAAUGGGCUUUACCUGCAGCCAGGGAGAUGGAGGUUGGAUAUUAGGAAAAACUCUCUAACGCCCAGGGGAGUUCAGCUCUGGAAUCGGUGGUCAAGGGAGGCCAUGGGAUCCCCGUCACUGGAGGUUCUUAGGACCUGGUUGGACAAACCCCCCGUCAGGGCUGGGCUGGGCUGGGGUUACUGGGUCCUGGCCUGGAUGGGCUCGGAGUCCCAUUGCAAUGACUGGGUUUUCAUGGUUACUGGCCAAGGAGGCUCAGGGUUUCCUUAGGGAAAAAAAAUCACUAGAAAGCACAGCUGGGAAGCCAGGUUUACGCGGCUGGUUAUGGUGCCGGGUUCCUGCGCUCGCCGAUUUGAAUCCUGAUUAAAAUUGAUUUAAAUCAAUCCACCCAAGCCUAGCGCCAGUCUAUUCUGCCCAGGAGGGGAGUGGGACCAUCCCCUGCCAUGCUGGGUUCCCCGUCCCCUGGGGGAGGCUCCCCCAGCCUCACAGACCUGUUGGCGCUGGGACGCUGCCCACCAAGAGCUGUCUCCAGCCACUGCCCCUGCCCCCUGCCCUGUAAUCACCCCUGUUUCGGAGUUCAUCAUCCCGCACUGGAUCCGGCCCCCUCCGCUGAGCUGAGCAGACCUGGGUCGAUUCCCACCCUGAGAGAUAGAGGGUGCCCAGCACACACGUUCACACACACAGGGCAGGGCUCAUCCCCUGCUAAACCCAGGGUUGUGAGUUCAAUCUUUGAGG